UCUCAAGGGAGCCAUGUUCUGUUGUAUUUGUAGACAGGGACUGACACAGCGGUCGAUAUUUUCUCAUUAAGGUGGGCUUUUGCUGAAUUGCAGGUGAAUAUUAAAGUUGAUUUAUCGAGGAUCGAAUAGAAACUACUGAGCAAGCGCAAAUCGAAGAAUCUGACGGUGGUUGGGACUUUAGUAUGAGUUCAAAUUCACACAGAAACAACCGCACUUUGCAAGAAGAGGUGGAAAUGUCGAACAGAAAUCGCCCUAGCAGUGCCCAGUCAAGGCAAGCCUGGUCGGACGACGGGAGCGACCGCCCGGACUCACGCCAGGGACGCGAUGGAGGUUUUCGGGAGGAUGCCGAUCUGGCUCUCCCCGCAGCAAUGGAAAGCGACAACUACCUGAAUACCGUCUGCGUCCAAGAGCGUGAUGAAGUGGAGGUGCAAGAUAACUCCAAUGGUUGCUGGGCCAAAUUCAAGAGAGGUGUCAGAUCUAUUUGGCAAACCAAGGAUAUGCAGGAUGAGGAUGAUGACAAUAAGGACUUCAAAGUGGUCACAACCAUACGAGAACUGGUCAUUUAUCUCGUAUUCUUGUUGGUUCUUGUUGUUUUGACCUUUGGCAUGAACAGUGAGACUUACUACUACUACACUAAGGUGAUGAGUGAACUGUUCUUAGAUGGUCAGUUUGCCGACACCAAGAACACUUUCCGAGGAAUGACUACAAUGCAGGACUUCUGGAGGUUUGCCGAGGGACCUCUGAUGGACGGACUUUACUGGGAAAAAUGGUACAAUGGACAGAACGUCAGUGACAGCCAACUUGGAUACGUCUUUCAUGAGAACAAACUCCUUGGUGUCCCUCGCUUGAGACAGCUGAAGGUCAGAAACGACUCCUGUGAAGUUCAUGAUGACUUCAAGAAUGAGAUCAAGACUUGCUAUGAUGCCUAUGCAGAAAGUAUAGAAGACAAGUUUCCGUUUGGGAAAAUGAAUGGGACGGCUUGGGUCUAUCAGACCGAAGAUGAACUGGAUGGCUGGGGACACGAAGGUUUGAUAAGUGAAUACGGUGGAGGAGGUUUCGUCCAGAACCUCUUGUUGACCAGGGAAAAGACUGAGCCCAUCAUUGCUGACCUGAAACAGAACCUUUGGCUGGACCGUGGAACCCGAGUCGUCUUUGUAGACUUCACUGUGUACAAUGCUAAUAUCAACCUGUUCUGUGUUAUCCGACUGGUUGUGGAAUUUCCUGCCACUGGAGGAGCUAUUCCAUCUUGGUCUUUCCGUACAGUCAAGUUGAUCCGCUAUGUGUCCAUUGGAGACUACUUUGUACUGGCUUGCGAGGGCAUUUUCUUGUUGUUCAUCAUCUACUACAUCAUUGAGGAAGCAUUGGAGAUUGCCAAGCACAAGUGUCAAUACUUCAAGAGCGUCUGGAACAUCCUGGAUAUCGUCGUGAUUGUGAUCUCAGUGGUCUGUACCGUGUUCAAUGUGUAUCGGACCAUAGCAGUGGGGAACAUGCUGGAAUCGCUGUUACAGAAACCGGAUGAAUUUGCCGACUUUGAGUUCCUUAGCUGGGCUCAGGUCCUGUUUAACCAGGGCAUUGCUUUUGCCGUCUUCUUCGCUUGGGUGAAGAUUUUCAAGUACAUCAGCUUCAACAAGACUAUGACCCAGCUCUCCUCCACCAUUGCUAACUGCGCCAAGGACUUGGCAGGAUUUGGUGUCAUGUUCUUCAUCAUCCUGUUCGCUUUUGCCCAGCUUGGUUACCUGAUCUUCGGUACCCAAGUCAGGGACUUCAGAAGCUUCCCUGACACCAUCCUUACCUUGUUCCGUAUCAUCCUUGGUGACUUUGAUUUCCAUGAGCUGGAAGCUGCCCACCGUGUUCUGGGUCCACUGUAUUUCCUCCUGUACGUGUUCUUUGUAUUCUUCGUACUGCUGAACAUGUUCUUGGCCAUCAUCAACGACACUUACUCUGAGGUGAAGGCUGAUCUGGAGAACCAGGAGAAUGAAUUCGAAUUGCAGGACUACUUCAAGAAGGGCUACGACAAGAUGUUGGACAAACUGAAGUUCAAGCGUGAUAAGAUCAUUGACAUCCAGAAGGCCAUUGUUGAUGCUGACGCCAAUGCUGACAAGCAGAUUGACUUUGAUGAAUGGAAACGUGACCUGAAAGAACGUGGUUAUGCUGACAGUGAAAUUGAAGCUGUGUUUGCCAAAUAUGACUUGAACAAUGAUCGUAUGCUUGAUGAAGAAGAAAUCCGCAAAAUGCAGGAAGAACUGGAAGGACAAAGGAUGGCAGUUGACAAGGAAUUUGAAGGUCUUGAAAACAAAGAAGGAGAAGCAGCAGCCAGACCAAAGAGUUCAGCCCGUCGCAGAUCAGCCAGACCAGGUAGUCGGAAAGGAAGCAGCAGAUUCAGUUUCGGAGACGACAGUGGUGAUGAUAGCGAUGAUGAAGACAGUGGAACACGAUCAGGAAGAACAGGACGCUUUGUCAGUGGUGUAUCAUAUGAAGAAUUCACAGUCCUCUCUAGGAGGGUAGACAGAAUGGAACAUUCUAUAGGCAGUAUAGUAUCCAAGAUAGAUGCUGUUCUUGUCAAAUUAGAAGCCAUGGAAAAAGCAAAAUUAAAACGAAGAGAAACCAUGGGGAAAAUAUUGGACAGUAUCACAGAGUCUGAGGGUGUAGGGGAUGAUGAAAAGCGUGACCAAAUGGAAAAACUUGUCAGAGAAGAACUUGAGAGGUGGGACUCUGAGCCAUCCAUCCAACAGAGUGGCCGUGGUGCCUCGCCACGCUCCCCACCAUCUGGUGUAAACGACACAGACCAAAUGGGAUCACACAAUGUGUAAAGAAUAAACGGACUUUCAAUUAUUUUUAACCCCAGCAAAGAUACCAAGUAAUCUCAAGAACUCCAAAGAACUAUUUAUUUUGUUUUUAAAGCUUUUUUUAUUUGCAUUUAACAUGUUAGUAUUAUGCAGAGUAUUGUGUGCAUUUAACUUGAUGGAUAUUUUCUUAUUACGAGAUGUUACUACUUACAACUCAAGUGAUGUCAGGGAAAACAAAGUAGUCAAGAUGAUAUGUUUAGUGGCAAUAGCAUCUAUUUACUUGCCAGUGUAAUUCAGCAUUUGUGUUCGACUUAAAAAACUUAAUUGUAUAUUAUUAAUUUCUUUGAAAUUCACGAUUUUGAAGUUUUAUCUAGAUUUAGCUGGUCUAAAUUAGAUACACGAGAUAUUUGCCAACAUUCUCAUUCUCAAACAAACUUGACUCGUGAAUUUUGAACCAAAAUUUUUUUAAUACUUUCUUUCAAAACAUUUUUGUAGAACUGCUUUUUAGUUCUGUAUUGUAUCAAACAAACUUCAGUGAUUUAACUGAAGUGCAAAAUGAGCUAAAUAUUCACUGCACAUCUCAUUCCGUCCUUACAGUAGGCUAUGCUGUACUUAACGUUAGUGUGAAUUGUAUUGGACUAAUUGAAGGCCAAGUGAGUUUUGCACCAGUGUAGCAGCACAAAGCUGUUAGAUAAUCGGCAUUGGGUUAAGACAAUCGCAAACAAUGUAAAUAUAACCCAGAAACAUUCAAGGCUUGAAUUGAAGGGAUUUUAAGUUCAAAGAGGUUGGACAAGGGACCAAAACUAACAACUGCACCGUCCAAGUAAACAAUUACAAAGAGCAUGGUUACACUUUGAUAUGUUUUAAUAAAUGUGGAGGGACCAAGAAGUGUUAAAAGAUCUUUGGCUGGAUUCAGUGCAUUGCAUGUGAAAGUUUCACUCCAAAUUAUUGCACAUUCUUGUCCACUUAAUACUUUUGCCAGUUCUGUUCACCUAAUUGUAUGAAUGCAAUAAAAUGUUUU